AUGGCGGGCGUCACCAAAGCCAACAUCGGUGUCUUCACCAACCCCAAGCACGAUCUGUGGGUUGCUGAUGCGACUCCUUCCGUCGAAGAUGUUCAGAGUGGUAAAGGGCUGAAGCCUGGCGAGGUGACGGUGGAGGUUCGCAGCACGGGGAUUUGCGGAUCUGAUGUUCACUUCUGGCAUGCGGGGUGUAUCGGCCCGAUGAUCGUGGAAGGCGACCAUAUUCUGGGUCAUGAAUCGGCCGGACAGGUGCUGGCCGUGGCUCCCGACGUGACGCAUCUCAAGGUUGGCGACCGGGUGGCUAUCGAGCCCAAUGUUAUCUGCAACGCAUGCGAGCCCUGCCUGACGGGUCGCUACAACGGGUGUGAGCGCGUGCUGUUCCUGUCGACGCCGCCCGUCGACGGCCUGCUGCGCCGCUACGUCAACCACCCAGCCAUCUGGUGCCACAAGAUCGGGGACAUGAGCUAUGAGGACGGUGCGCUGCUGGAGCCGCUGAGCGUGUCGCUCGCCGCAAUCGAGCGCAGCGGCCUGCGUCUCGGUGACCCCCUGCUCAUCACCGGUGCCGGCCCCAUCGGCCUGAUCACCCUGCUCAGCGCUCGCGCCGCGGGCGCCACCCCGAUCGUGAUCACUGACAUUGACGAGGGCCGUCUGGCCUUUGCCAAGUCGCUUGCUCCAGAGGUCCGCACCUACAAGGUGGAGAUUGGCAAGUCGCCCGAGGAGUCGGCUGAGGGAAUCAUCAACGCGUUCAACGACGGGCAGGGCGCUGGGCCCGACGCCCUGCGACCCCGGCUCGCCCUUGAGUGCACCGGGGUCGAGAGCAGCGUGGCCUCGGCCAUCUGGAGUGUCAAGUUCGGCGGCAAAGUCUUUGUGAUUGGUGUAGGGAAGAACGAGAUGAAGAUCCCCUUCAUGCGCCUCAGCACACAGGAGAUCGAUCUGCAGUACCAGUACCGCUACUGCAACACCUGGCCGCGCGCCAUCCGUCUCGUCAAGAACGGCAUCAUCAACCUGAAGAAGCUCGUCACCCAUCGCUUCGUCAUCGACGACGCCCUCAAGGCCUUUGAAACCGCCGCAAACCCCAAAACAGGCGCCAUCAAGGUCCAGAUCAUGAGCUCCGAGGCCGACGUCAAGGCCGCUGAGUCGGGUGUCCCUGCAUAA